UAGUUAUUGUGUAGUGUGUACGCUGCUGCCAACCUUGUAUCUAAUGAUAAUAAUGAAAUGGCGUGUGCGAAACCAAUUGCAUAGGGAUUAUUGUGUUUUGUUGUCAGUUUGUUUCGAUAUGGUACAACCGUGGCACAACCAAGGACUCCAAGAACAGGCAUUUUUGUUUUGUUUUAAUGCUCAGUGAAUGUCCCUCCCCAUUUUUUUUCCAGUCGCCGAGAUGAGCUCUGGUCAGACCUCACUACCUCAGCUCCCAAAUAUAAAUCUGUUAAUGCGAAAGAUAAGUCCAAAGUCUAAUAAUGCAGAAGCAGUAGCACUUUUGGGUGUUGGUCAUAGAAUUUUCUUCAUAUGUGUUUGUCAAGGAUUUUAUCUCAAGAACUAUCGCCAACAGUUUCAGGAAUAUUUGGAAAUCAUUCUAGCUAUAUCGCAGCGUCGUAUGUGAAGUAUGUGGAGGGGGCUGGAGGUAGAGUAGUACCUAUAUGGGUGAACCAGACCGAGUCCUAUUACAGAGAAGUAAUUAGUAGAAUCAAUGGACUUCUGUUUCCUGGUGGUGCUUCAUAUUUUACGAAUACUGAUGGCUAUGCAGCAGCAGGAGAAAUUUUGUACAAUUUAACCAUUGGUUUAAAUGAAAAUGGUGAUUAUUUUCCACUUUGGAGCACAUGUUUGGGAUUUGAGCUGAUGCUAUAUUUAGCAGCUGGUCAAAGAGAACAUCGUUGUUCCUGUUCUGCAAAUGAUGUUGCUCUUCCUCUAGAGUUUACACAUGAUUUCAAUGAAAGCAGCCUUUUUGGUGCAGCUCCAGAGAAUGUUAUAACUGCUCUUGGGUCACAGAAUAUUACUGCCAAUUACCACAACUUCUGCGUAACUCGAAAGAACUUAACGGAAUUUGGCUUGAGUGGGCAGUGGCAUGUCCUCUCUGUGAACCAUGAUAUAAAUGGUGUGGAAUUUAUAUCAUCUAUCCAGUCAAGACUGUAUCCUUUUUAUGGUGUCAUUUUUCAUCCAGAAAAAAAUGCAUAUGAAUGGAAAUCAAAUAAAAACAUACCCCAUAGUUCAGAUGCAGUGGUUGCGAUGCAGUACUUUGCAAACUUUUUUGUGAAUGAAGCUCGUAAGAACUUUCACAGCUUUCCAUCAGUGGAAUCUGAAGAGUCUGCACUUAUUUAUAAAUAUACUCCUACAUAUACAGGUGAUCAUCUUAUCUAUGAACAGUGUUAUUUUUUUGAUUACUAACAGUUAUAGGUGUACUCGCCUGACAUUUCUGAAAGAAUAAUAUGUCAAUAAAUGGGAUGAGAUGGAGCAAGUCACUAUUUUGUCUAAUACUCCUUU